CUGGCCGAGGCCGCGCAAGGGCGCUGUAGCUGCCAGUGCCGCUGUCAUGGCGUCUGAGGCGCUGUCUGAGGAGAACCCGCCGCGGUCUCUUUAGAGAGAGGGGCGGGCGGCUGGGUAUGGAGAGCGGCCCCGAGAGCCUGCAGCCGCUAGAACACGGGGUGGCCGCCGGGCCAGCGCCGGGGAUAGGGUCUCCGCAGGAAGGGCGACAGGAGACCGGGCUCGCCGCUGGGGAUGGUUCCGGAGUAUGGGCGGCGGAGAGCAGCGGCGGGAAGGGGCAGGGGGCGGCGGCCGCCGGGAGGAGCCUCUCGGACUUGGCUUCUCCCGCCGGCUCUCCUCAGGCUCUCCUAUCCUGCAGCUCCCUCCCGGGCUUGGACUUGGAGGAGAGCGAUUUGGAGAGUCCUCCUGCCCAGAAGGCACCUCUGACAGGGCAGCACAAGGUGACCGCCUCCCUGGAGACUGCCGAGGCCGGAGCCGACCAUGGGUUGGGUCCGGCCGGAGACGCGGGCGCCGUGCGGGUUCCCGCCGGCACCUGCCGGGCAGAGUCGGCGGCCGCGGGCUCGCAGGAGCCCAGCAGCGGCGGCGGCCUCAGCAGCAGUUGCAGCGACCCGAGCCCUCCUGGGGAAUCGCCGAGCCUGGACUCCCUGGAGUCGUUCUCUAACCUGCAUUCUUUCCCCAGUAGCUCCGAGUUCAACAGUGAAGAAGGAGCUGAGAACAGGGUCCCGGAGGAGGAGGAGGGCGCGGCGGUGUUGCCCGGGGCUGCGCCUCUGUGUGGAGAGGAGGAGCGGGAGCAGGCGGAGGAGGAGGGAGAGGCAGCCCAGGUGCUGGCGGCCUCCAAGGAACGCUUCCCGGGACAGUCUGUCUAUCACAUCAAGUGGAUCCAGUGGAAGGAAGAGAACACACCCAUCAUCACCCAGAAUGAGAAUGGCCCCUGCCCUUUGCUGGCCAUCCUCAAUGUUUUGCUUCUGGCCUGGAAGGUGAAACUUCCGCCGAUGAUGGAAAUCAUAACUGCUGAACAGCUGAUGGAAUAUUUAGGAGAUUACAUGCUUGAUACGAAGCCAAAAGAAAUUUCAGAAAUUCAACGUUUGAACUAUGAGCAGAAUAUGAGUGAUGCUAUGGCAGUAUUGCACAAACUACAGACAGGCUUGGAUGUAAAUGUAAAAUUCACUGGUGUUCGAGUAUUUGAAUAUACACCAGAAUGCAUAGUAUUUGAUCUUCUUGAUAUUCCUUUGUACCAUGGAUGGUUAGUAGACCCUCAGAUUGAUGACAUUGUGAAAGCUGUUGGUAACUGCAGCUACAACCAGCUAGUGGAGAAGAUCAUCUCUUGUAAGCAGUCAGACAAUAGUGAGCUGGUUAGUGAAGGCUUUGUAGCUGAGCAGUUUCUAAAUAACACAGCCACUCAACUGACAUACCAUGGAUUAUGUGAACUAACUUCAACCGUUCAGGAAGGAGAACUUUGUGUGUUCUUUCGGAAUAAUCAUUUUAGCACCAUGACCAAAUACAAGGGUCUGCUGUAUUUGUUGGUAACAGACCAGGGGUUUCUCACUGAAGAAAAAGUUGUUUGGGAAAGCCUACACAAUGUCGAUGGUGAUGGAAAUUUCUGUGACUCAGAAUUUCAUCUGCGGCCCCCUUCAGAUCCUGAAACUGUAUACAGAGGACAACAAGAUCAGAUAGAUCAGGACUAUCUUAUGGCAUUAUCUCUACAACAAGAACAGCAGAGCCAGGAUAUCAAUUGGGAACAAAUACCUGAAGGAAUCAGUGAUUUGGAACUAGCAAAGAAACUCCAAGAAGAAGAGGAUAGACGAGCUUCUCAAUAUUAUCAGGAACAGGAACAAGCAGCAGCUGCUGCUGCUUCUGCUUCUACAGAGGCCCCGCAAAGCCAGUCAGCAGAAGCCUCUCCAUCAAGUGGCAGACAAUCUGGGAAUAGUGAACGGAAACGAAAGGAGCCUCGAGAAAAAGAUAAAGAAAAAGAAAAGGAAAAAAAUAGCUGUGUCAUUUUGUAACAAGUGUGGAUUCUGUUGGAACCAUCUCUGUGUCUUCAGAUACAAGACCAUAGGAGGAAAAGAAGAAAAACCGAUAAAUACCGUCUGUGCCUGAUUUCCCAAUGGAUUUUGUUCCUGUUUUUCAGGGGAAAGGUUGUUACUUAGUUACAAUCAGACUUUUUCAAGUCACACAGUACACUCUUUAUGAGCCGGAGUUUCAUGUUACAAGUUGGAAAUGCUGUGUGUUGUCGUUCAUGAAAAGUAAUGCACUUGUAGCCAAAUAAGCAAAUCACAGCAAAUUUUGUGUCAUAGUGACAUUCAUAAUUCAUAUCAGUUAGUAAGCUAUUUCAUCUUCUGUUCUAACAAUGAAUAGAGGUAAUUGAUUUUGUCUGAUUCCUUCCUCAAAUCUAAAUAUUAGCACAAUAGUUUCUGAAAUUAACUUUUACAAUGUUAAAUUAUGAUCUAAUCCAUGAGAAACCAGGGUUUAAUAUAGAUUUGAAAAGAAAAAAAACCCGAAAAGAAAAAAAACCCAAAAAAAAAAAAAACAAGAAUAAAUAAUCCUCCAUUGUAUAUUGGACUAGUUCAGCCCUUAAACAGCUUUACCUUUCUUUAGGAAUGUACAUUUUAGAUACAUCUUGAGAAUUGAUAAUGGAGCUUGGAUUUAAUUUAGAUAGAAAAAAAUAAAAUUUGUAUUUCUUUUCCAGUAAUGAAAAAUUAUAUAACACUAAUACUCGUCAAAAUCAAAUCUUAAUAACUUUGUAGUAUUGUAAAAUUUUGAGGAAUUUUGAAUUUUAAUAUAGGUUACUUGGACCACAGUUACUAUUUAUUGACAGUGUGACAAGUGAGUGUAAAGAGGAAACCACAGUGGAUGCUAGGCCUUGUAAAUAUGGGGAUGUAGAAAAGGAGAUAGUUCAGUGUCUACCUUUUUCUAGAAUUGCCUUGAACCUUAAAAUUUAAAUCAUGUUUAUUUUCUAGAAAAUUAAGUAUACUUAUUAAAACCAACAAAAAAGCACAUUUCUGAAAGUCUGUUAGAGAUAAUCUCUGAGUCUAGUAGAAAAGCAUUAAUAAAAACCUAUUUGAGGAUAGAUAAGAAUUUGGAGUAAUUUAUGUAGGAGCAAACAGAUUUUUCUAACUUAUGAGAACUAAAUAAACCUCUAACAUCUUAUAGUGUUUCUAGGAUUCAGAAAGAAUAUUUAUUGAACUUUAUUAUUAUGAGGCAACACAUAUUUUCCUGUAUUUCUAUAGUUUGGAAAACUAUCCUUAAUAGUCCUUUUUAUAUGCUUUAUAUUUAAAAGUUUGUUUUCGUCAUUUUUGAAAAGACUGUUGCUGCUGCAAGUAGUUAUGUGAUUUACAUUCUAAGCCUCAGUAAAUCUGUUUGUCCAAGAGCAUCUUAAUCUAACCUGAGCAUCCACUUGGAGAGUGCUUUUUGUGGUCUGGGAUGACAAAAGACUACAAAAAAAAUGUGGUCUUGAUCUCUUAAGCUAUGUCCUUAACAUUCUCCAUGAUCCAGGACCAGUUAUAGGAUAAAUCUAUAUGUAAAAAAAUAAAGUCUUAUUUAUGGAAGAAAUUAUUCUAAGGGAAAUAUCCAGGGUCAAGCUGUAUAUUUUAUGUCCUUUUGUAUUGUAUGUCUGUUUAUGUUAUACCAUUUGUUAUUCCUUCAAAUUUCGUAUGCUAGCAUGAUGAGUCAUCAGAGAACCCCCUGUUUGGGGUAUAAAACAAAUACAUACUCAUACAAAAUAUUUGGUGAGUAUCUUGAUACUCAGAAUAACCCAGAAUAUGCAUAUAUUGCUAAAGUAGUCAAAUGUACUACAGAAUUCUCUAUUGGCUCAAACAAGUUGAUUUUUAGGCCAAAUUUAUUCUUGAUAUCACUCUGUUGGUUAAAGGAGGAAACUCAAACCUCAGGUUUUGUUUUACCUAGAACAGAUAGUAGUGACAGUGCGUUAUAUUUUAUUAAGAAGUAAAACAAUAAAUCCUGAGAAAUUAAAAAAAAACAUAUUUGAGGCAUAUUUUUCCAUAAUUAUAUACUCAACUAUUUAUUGCCCUUGAAAAAUAUGUGUAGACGUUAUUCUUCUGUGAGUUGUUACUGUCUUAAUUUUUUCCAAAGAUAACACUGCCAUUCUGCAUUCCCAUAGAAGAAAAAAAAAUUCACUCAAAACCAGCAGUGCUGCUGUCAGAUAAGUAAAUGUCAGUAUAUACUUAUAAGAAAUAACUAAGAAAUAUAAUGUGUUUGUUAUUUCAGCCUUUUUCUAUGUAAUAUUUCCCAGUCAGGUUUUCUUACAUUCCUGGAAUUCAGUUUGAUAUACCAAGAGUAAUAAUGAUAAAACGUUUACUUUGAAUACUGUGGGGGAAAAAUUAAAUGUUCAAUUCUAUUAAAAAAAAACAAAACUCAGAGAUACUGGUUUUCCAUCCUUGAAUGUUAUAAAGAAUUUAGAGCUAUUAUAUCUUUAUUUUGCUCAAGUCAACAAAUUACAUAGUCAUUUCAUUGUUGGUUUGGGUACAUUCGAAUCUGAUAGAGGUAUAUUAAAGUCUUUCCUUCACAGUAUUUUGUAAUGCUUGAAAAUUGUUACGUGUACACUGCUAGCAGAAAUUAGGACUUAAACAUUUUUGUUUUUAAGAUUUAUAGGCUAGAUUAGAGGCACAUUUGCAACAACCAGUCACCAUUAGAGCUAGCAAAAGAGGCAGAUGAAUGAAUGGAUAUGGUCAUUGAACUUUCUCAUACUUUCAAAGACUAUUCCUCAGGUUAGUGACCAGUCUUUAUUAACAGUAUGGAAAUUUUCUUCAUGUCAAUCCUGUUGAAUCGACAAUGCUGUGAUUUACAAUACAUUAUCAGGGACUUCCUAGGUGGCACAGUGGUUAAGAAUCCGCUUGCCAAUGCAGGGGGCAUGGGUUUGAUCCCUGCUCCAGGAGGAUCCCACAUGCCACAGAGCAACUAAGCCUGUGCGCCAAGAAAAAAAAACAAUACAUUAUCAGCACUUAAAAAUACAUUAUGUGUGUGUGUGUGUGUGUGUGUGUGUUUCUGAAGUAAGGAUCCAUGACUUCUAACUGAUUCUCAAAGGAAUCUGGGAACUUUCCCUCAAAUUUAAGAAUCAUCAUUCUAAGAAUACACACACCAAGCUGUUUGAGGCAGCUAAAAUUGGCAUUGGCUGCUUCCUCUAAUAUGCUGGUUCAGUGUGCAUAGGUAAAGUAACUUAUUUCCUUUUUCAAGGUGUCAAGUUAGUAGCUGAAUGAGACAUAGAGCUAAGUUUAGGAUUAGGCUUUGGAAUAUAUUUUUUUUUUGUCUCAAAUUUCUAGUACUUGACUACUUAUCCCAUAUUAUGUUUUGAAUUUUUCCUCAUACUUCUUGAUUUUAGCUUAAUUAAGCAAGUUACUAUCAGAGAUUAGUUGACUGAACCCAACAUUGACCAUUUUGUACUUUCACAAAACCUUAACAUUUUGUUUUCAGUGAGUCACCAAUCCAGUUCACUAGGAGACAGAAGAUCUUGAGAGGAAAGAGGACUAGAAGUCAAAUAUAUAUUUAAGGAAAGAAUUAUCAUAUUAAUGUUGGCAUAUAAAGCAUAUGUUUGUAAAAUUCUGCUGGAGAAAAAUCAUGACAAGAAUUUCUAGAACUGUCCUAAAACAAUCUCAUUUAUUUAAAAAAAAUUUUUUUUAAAGCAAAUUGAUUUCACUUAACUUUCCUAUUCAAUGAAGUUAUUGUAAAACAUGAUGGAAAGCUAUCAGAAAAUAUUUGGGCAUACAACUUAAACUGUAAUAAUAAAUUUACUAAUGUUUGAUAAAAUAAGAUGGAGGCAUUAAAGAUGGUAUAUAAUUUGUAUUUUAAGGAAUAGGAAAUGUGAAAUUCCGAAUCAUUCUGUCUAAAAACCUGGCUCUUAUCUUGCCUUCGGCAAAUUUACUGUGCCUCAAUUUACUCUAAAUAGCUAAAGGAAGCUCAUUUUUAGUGCUUUACACCUUGGAAAAAGGGCAUAGUAUAAGCACAGGGUGUUAUUAAAAUAAUCAUAAUUAUUACACAUCUUUUGUUCUUGAAUGUGUAGAUUUUUUUUUCCCAAUGACAGUAUUUCUAAAGCCAGUUUUGUUUUUUUUAAUACUGUCAUAGUUUGUAGAAUUAUCUUGUCUUUGAGGAUGGCAUCAUCUCUUCCCCAAAUGUUUUUUGUUUGUUUGUUUGUCACACUGCACAGCAUGUGGGAUCUUAGUUCCCUGACCAGGGAUCGAACCUGUGCCCUCUGCAGUGGAAGCUCAGAGUCCUAACCACUGCACUGCCAGGGAAUUCCCUCUUCCCCAAGUGUAGUAUUUUACAGUUGCUUUUAUGUUCUGUGGGAUAUAGGAUCAAAACCAAGAGUAUUUUGGGAGUAUAAAAGCGUUAAAAGUAUUUUUUUUAAUAUCUUUCAUAUAUCUAAAUAUUUAGAUUCUCUUUGUCUCUUCCUCCAUGGAACAAAGUACUGUGGGAUCAGAUUACUAAUACAUAUAUGUAAACUUUUUUGCAUGGGUGGAAUUCAUUUAGAUCUCUUAAGUACUGUCCUUUUUAGGGCUAUUUAUAUCUGUUUUUUUUUAAGUGUAAAAUAUUAUUUGAUAAUAUACAGUUAAAUUUCUUUUAGAAAGUGACGGAAAAUAGUAAACUAACAAGAACCAGAGUUCUUAGGUCCUCUAUAAUUGUGUGUCCUUUUUUACUGAUGUCCAACACUUCUAAAGCUCUUGGAAAAACAUGAAAAAUUAUGGUUACUCUUCUCAAAUGACACUAUAAAACUAAAAUGAUAAUUGAAGUCUUCUUGAACAAAAUAUACUGCAAUAUAGAGAUAAUGCAGUCUAAGGGACAAAUUGCAGGACUCUGAUAAGUUUAUUUUGAAGAUCUAUCUAAAUUUUAACUCAUGCAUGUCUCUUACUUAAUCCCAUUGUUUCUGCCUUUAGAAAUUAGAGUUUAAUAAAUAGUGAUAAGCAUAUAUAUUUUCACAUGAAGGAUUCAAGUUUCUGAUUUCAUUUUUCUGAUUUCAAAAAAAUUCAACUCAAAAAAACAUGGUAAAAGUCUUCAACUAUUGCCUCUUUAUCCUGUUGAGCUGAGAAAGGACAAGAUUUAGACUUGUCUGCUUAUAAUAGAUAUUUUUUAUGGCAUGGUACUAUCCCAGAUACGGUGUUGAAAUACCAUGGCAGAAACAUAAAACCUAAGCUUUAAACCACAGUAGAUUUAAAGAACAAAAAGUUGUAGUAUUCUAUAAUGUCUCUACUUCAUCUGAUAUUAAUUCUCAGAAUUCCUUCAAAUCACUUAAUAUUUUGUCACCAUUAAUUUAAAAAACUUUAUAUCUAUCCUCACUGUAAUAUCCUACCUUUGAGAGGCAAGGAUACCUCCUAGAUUAUAGGGUUGGACAAAGCAAAAUUCCGAAUGUGAUCCUGGCUUGUUUGGCUCUAGUAGUCACAGCUUUAAUAGGAAUUCAGGAAACAAAUACCCAUUUAAAUUUCCAAAUCAUUGACCUGUCCAAACGAGCAUUAUAACUGAAAUACCUUGCAGAGCAGUUCUAACUAAUGAAAUGUGUUUUAAGACUAAGAUUGGCACUUAAUCUGUCCUGUAUGUCUUCAAUUUUGUCAGUUUUUGUUGUUUUUUACAUUGUGGUUGUAUGAAGUAAUUUUCUUCCAGGGUAUAUAGGAUAUCCUAAAGCUUUACAGAUUUUUAAAGAUGAGGAUUUGAAAAGCUUCCAGUGGUUUUCAUUAAAAUGCUAUCUUCUCAAUAAAAUGACAACUGUUGUUUUCACAGAGCCACGUAUCACAAGUAGGACAAUAUGAUCGGAGAUUGAUGUGUGAUUGCUACCCAACAAUCAGCAAAAGGGAUAAUCUUCACUUGUGAAUCUUCAGAGGUACUCUGAAAGUCAUUACCUAAAGUUAGUGCAUGUGAGUCUUUUUUUUCCUUGAGUUGUGCAGAAUAACUGGAUUGUGACACAUAUUUCGGGGAGUAGCAAGUGAAAUGGUAUAAUGACUGUAGAAAAAGUGAUCUUGAAAUACAAGAAAAAACAAAUUUUCAUCUUCCAUCUUAUUGUCCAGCUAUUUGGGUCAGGAGGUUGCUAUGAUAGAUCACUGUGUCAGGCCAAGACUGGCCAAUUGAAAUAGAGUUCUCAAAGAGUUUAAAUAUAUAGAUUGUGUAUGAGUGCCUAUUUUUUUUUCUCCUCCUUUCCUUUACUGUCAUAAUGCCCUUUCUUCUUUUGAAAUAAUUCAUGUUUUGCUCUAUGACCAGCUUUAAUUCCAGUUGUAGAAUAAUAGCAACCCUACAGAUUGAUAGAAAAGAGCAUUGAAAUACAUUUUUUGAAUAAAGACAUCUAAAAGCAUCUACCCAUCUUAGAUGGGUUGAACUGAAUUUCUGUGAAUGAAAGUUAUUGCUUUAUAUGCUAAUUGUGAUAAAACUAUUUGAUUUUAAAACCUAAGUCUUAAGUUUCAAAAGUUUCACUUUUGGAGGAUAGUCCUAAAAAAGGUAUAUUGAACACAGAUGGGAAAAUAUAAAAUAUUUCUGAAAGAAUUAUUCAGUAUUAUUCAACAUUUAAUUUCAUAUUUGUUAUUGUACCAGAUAGCAUCAUUCUUGGAUUAAAAUGUUGGAUUUUUGUUAAUAUACUUAAAUCUGUAACCAGUGGUAACACCCUUAGUAUUUUUUAUUAUAGAUUAUAUUUUAUUUCAAUAAACUUUGAU